CCAGUGUCCCUUGCCUGAGCUCCCCUGUUUACAUCCCAUUCUCCCCCGGCCAUGCUCAUCAAUCCGGCAUUUUGAAAACCCUCAUCCCACUUUUCUCAUGAAUUUGCAUGGUUUCACCUGUGGAUUGCAUGGGGAAAAAGAAGAGGAAUUGUAUUUGCAUAGUGGGAUUUAUAACAUCAACAGGGUGAAACCGUCAAAAUAAGAUUAAACCAGCAAAAUCACAGAACCGAAGUACGAGCAAAACUUCAAGAUGACUCCAACAACUAAAGAUGCCCCAGUAAGACCAGUGCAUCCAGAAGCUCUCACGGCCGGGAGCCAUGGAUUUUUCAGAAUCCUAAAUCGUCCUGCACAAUGGCUGCUUAUCAUUUCACUUCUGAUCUCAUGGUCAAUAGCUGGUAUUGUCAUGUUUGACUUUGUGAGCGAUGAUCAGCUUGCAAGCAUCCAGGAAUUAGGAUCUGAUCCAAUGUUAGCAAUAGAAAAGGCUGUUGACGGCAUUGAAAAUGGAAUAAACAACAUGAACGAUAUGUUCACAGAUACUUAUGAGUAUGUCACUGAAAUGAGUUUUAAUCCAAUGGACGCAGUUAAUUUAGCAGCUGACUCAUCUGUGUCUUAUCUGUCAGAGGUAUUUAGUGACUAUGGAGAUUUUGGAGUUACUGAAAAAGUGGCAUUUGGUGGCACUGUAUUAGAUGAAGCUACAGAUUGGAUUCGAUUCCCAGUGAGCUACUUAUUCCAGAUGUUUGAAGACAUUCUGGACAUAGCUUUCGUUUAUCCUGCGGAAAUGGCCAGUGAAGCAGCCAUGUACAUUUUAAGUGGGGCAAAAGCUGUUUUGCAAUAUCUUUCAACCAUGUUUGAGGACAUUAAAGCUUGGACUUCUGAAAUGAGCACUGUUCCUACGAAGCUGGUUGGCAGUGUUGCAGAGGAGGCCAUAGAGCUGAAGAACUCUGUUUCUACCUACCUAUCCAACUUAUUUGUUGGUGAUAAAGUUUUACCAGGUGGUAUUCCUGACAUCAGCUUUGAUCCUAUGAAAGUACUCACAGACACAGUUGAGGAAUUUGCUGACAGGAGAGACAUGUUCUUAGCCUACCUCUCAAACAUGCUUAUGGAAGACAAAGAUGAUACACCACAAGUGAUAAGAAGAAAAGGAGAAUUUCUGCCCCCUAUGACAAAAGUUGCAGAAAUAAUGGGCAAAAAACACGAUGCUGCCUACAUCACUGUGAGAUCCGCAGUGAAGAGGACAGAAAGCACUACAGAUGAAAUAAAGGAGGUUAAGGAGACCAUAGUUGAGGAGGACACAAUCAAGAUGAAAGAAGAUACCAAAACUGAAAUAGUUUGGAACAUCUUGGAUGAUCAACAAGAAGGCAUUAAAAUAACUGAGGAUAGCUCUGAUGUCACUAUUCAAGAAGACGCUGAAGAUACCUCAGAUGUCAAGGAGGAGGAAGAAAAUAUUAAAACAGAUGAAAAUAUCGCAGAUGAAAAUAUCACUGAUACUAAAGAAACUACUGCAACAGAUGAAGAUAUAUCCGAUGGAGAUAUCUCUGAUGAUAAAAAGGUGGGAGAAACUAUCGGAAAAGAUGAAGAUACUUCAGAUGAAGAUAUCUCUGAUAUUAAAGAGGUAGAAACUACUGAAACAGUUGGUGAUACAUCAGAUAAAGAUAUCUCUAAUGUUGAAGAUGAUGGAGAAAUAACUGAAACAAAUGAAGAUACAUCAGGUGAAGAUAUUUCUGAUGUUAAAGAAGGAGAAACUACUGAAAUAGAUGAAGAUACUUCAGAUGAAGAUAUAUCUGAUGUUAAAGACGAUGAAGAAAUAACUGAAACAGAUGAAGAUACCUCAGAUGAAGAUAUAUCUGAUGUUAAAGAUGAUGGUGAAAUUACAGAAACAGAUAAAGAUACAUCAGAUGAAGAUAUCUCUGAUGUUGUAGAUGAUGUAGAAAUAACUGAAACAGAUGAAGAUACCUUAGAUGAAGAUGUCUUUGCUGUUAAAGAGGAAAGAGAAAUAACUGAAACAGAUGAAGAUACCUCAGAUGAAGAUGUCUUUGCUGUUAAAGAGGAAGGAGAAAUUACCGAAACAGAUGAAGAUACCUCAGAUGAAGAUAUCUCUGAUGUUAAAGAUGAAGGAGAAAUAACUGAAAAAGAGGAAGACACCUCAGAUGAAGAUAUAUCUGAUGUUGUAGAUGAUGUAGAAAUAACUGAAACAGAGGAAGAUACCUCAGAUGAAGAUAUCUCUGAUGUUAAAGAUGAUGGUGAAAUUAUUGAAACAGAUGAAGAUACCUCAGAUGAAGAUGUGUUUGAUGUUAAAGAAGAAGGAGAAAUUACUGAAACAGAUGAAGAUACCUCAGAUGAAGAUAUCUCUGAUGUUGUAGAUGAUGUGAUAAAUGAAACAGAUGAAGAUACAUCAGAUGAAGAUAUCUCUGAUGUUAAAGAGGAGGAAGAGAUUACUGAAACAGAUGAAGAUACCUCAGAUGAAGAUGUCUUUGAUGUUAAAGAGGAAGGAGAAAUUACUGAAAAAGAUGAAGAUACCUCAGAUGAAGCUAUAUCUGAUGUUAAAAUGGAGGAAGAAAUUACUGGAAGAGUUGGGGAUACCUCAGGUGAAGAUGUUUUAGAUGUUAAAGAAGAAGGGGAAAUUACUGAAAUAGACAUAGAUACCUCAGAUAUAGAUAUUGCUGAUGUUACACAGGAGGAAAAAGGAACUGAAGACAGUUUUGAUGUCGAAGAUGAAGAAUCAGCAACUGAAACAAUAGAUCAUUUUUCUGAUAUUUCAGAAGAAGCAACAGAAAAGUUCCCAGAUGAAACAGAAGUUGACAAAAUUGUUUGUGUCACAGAACAAUCUGGAACAGUUAAUUAUACCUCUUAUGACACAGAUGAUGAAGAAGAACCUGAAACAGGAGAAGAUGGUGCUGAUGUCACAGAUGAUAAAGAAGCAAAUGAAGUAGCAGAACUGCUAGAAGGAGAAUAUGAGGCAAUUAAUGAUGCUAAUAAGGGCACAAAAGACAUACCGGAUGAGGUAGAGAAAGAUCAGGAAAAGGUUGUAAAGGAGGACAGUGAAAAUUCUGACCAUUCCAUUUUGGAAGCCAAAGAAGAACAGAAAAAUGAGGAGGAGCUUGUCUUGCCUACCAUCAAACAUAACAUCACAGGUGGAGAAGAUGAAAAUAACAAUAACAAUGACAGAAAGAAAACUACCAUAAGGAAAAGCAGAAGAUUGGUGAAGGCAGAUAAAAAGGAGAGCCAUUUCAUUGACACAGAAGACCGUACGCACAAGGAUCUUCAUGAAGAAUAUGACAAAGUUCUUGAACAUGUGAAAGAAGCCAAAGAGAAACGGAGUAAAGAGGAGAUAUACAAAAUGAUUCAAGACAUGAGAGAUAAGAAGGCCGAAGCUGAAGAGGAAGAAAUAAAGCAACAAAAAGAAAAGAAGAAAGAAGCUAAGCCCAAAGAAAAAGUGACUGAAAAACUUCAGAAGCCCAAAGAGGAAAAGAAACCUACAAAAGACAAAACUCUUAAAUCAACAGAAAAGAAAAAGCCUCAUAAAAAAGCCAAGGUUACUAAACUGGAUGAGGAACCUAUUCUCAAACAGAAGAAACAUAAAGAACUGAAAUCUGAAAAGGAAAAGCCUCAUAAAAAAGUCAAGGUGACUAAAGUGGAUAAGGAACCCAUUCUCAAACAGAAGAAACUUAAAGAACUGAAAUCUGAAGGUGAGAGAAAGAUUAAACCAGCAAAGAAAGAAGCCAAACCUAGGAAAGAAAAACUAAAACCUGUGGAUAUUCCUAAAGAUGAUGUAACUAAGAAGGUGGUCAAAGCCAAAGAUGUUGAGAUUGCCAAAGAGAAAACCAAGACCGUUCCUGUAAAGAAAGAGGUUGCUAAAGAAGAAGUUAAAGAGACUGCUGUGGAUCAAGAGCCUAGAGUUUCCAAAGAAAAGGCCAAACCAACUCAUUCAAAGAAAGAGGCUAAAGUUGUCAAGGAGAAACCUAAAGCACAUCCCCCAAAGAAAGUUACUGAGGCUGCCAAGGAAAAGGCUAAGCCAGUUGUGAAGGAAGAACCUGAGGUUAUUAAAGAAAAGGUCGAGCCGGCACCUAUUAAGAAAGAAGCUAAAAUCAAAGAUAAAACACCAUCAGCACCUGUGAAGAAAGAAAGUGAAGUUGCAGAAAAGAAAGUGAAACCAGCCCCUAUAAAGAAAGAGCGUGAGGUUUCCAAAGAGAAGGCCAUAACAGAACCCUCAAAGAAAGAGGACAAACCCCCCAAGGAAAAAGCUAAACCAGUCCGGGAGGAGAAAGAGUCUGGUGUUUCUAAAAAGAAAGAAAAAACAGCCAAAAAAGAGCCUGAGGUUGCAAAAGAAACGGUCAAACCAGCAAUUACAAAGAAAGAGAUGAAGGUUACCAAGAAACCAGUGAAACAUGUGACUCUUGAAAAAGAGCCUAAAGUGUCCAAGGAAAAGGCAAAACCUUCAUUUGUGAAGAAAGAGGCUAAAGAUAUUAAAGAGAAAGCAAAACCAACUCUUCCAGAGAAAGAAACCACUAUUGCAGUAAAAAAACAAAAAUUUGCACCAGAGAAAGGGCCAGAAGUUACAAAAGAGAAAGAAAAACCAGCCAUUUCAAAGAAAGAACCUGUGAUCACCAAAGAAAAACCCAAGCCAACAAGGAAAGAGGCUGAAGUGAUCAAAGAAAAGGCUAAACCAGCUCCUGAGAAGAAAGAGGUUAAAGUCAUUAAAGACAAAGUUAAACCAGCUCCUGUAAAGAAAGAGGCUAAAGUCAUCAAGGCCAAAGCUCCUGUAAAGAAAGAGCCAAAGGCUGCAAAAAAGGAAGACAAACCAGCACCUCCUAAAAAAGUUGAGGUUCCAAAGGAUAAGCCAAAACCUGCUCUUAAAGAAAAAGAAGAUGAAGCCAUAAAAGAGAAAGCUAAAACACCUGAGAAGAAAGACGCAGAAGUCAUUCAGGAAAAAGCUAGGCCAGCCCCUGAAAAGAAAGAGGCUGAAGUCAUCAAGGAGAAAGUUAAACCAUCUCCAGUAAAGAAAGAGCCUGAAAUUGCUAAGGAAAAGACACCAAAACCCACAAAGAAAGUUGAGGUUCCAAAAGAAAAGGCAAAACCAGUUCCUGAAAAGGAAGCACCUGAGAUAACAAAAGAAAAGCACAAACCAGCACCAAAGAAAGAUGUAGAAGCUGAAACCAUUAAAGAGAAAGUUAAACCAACACUUAAGAAAGAGGUGAAAGAGAAAGAUAAACCAGCCUCUGUUAAGAAAGAGACUGAUGUUAAGAAGAAAGCUACACCAGCUCCUGUGAAGAAAGUCAUCAAAGAAAAGGCCAAACCAAUCCCUGAAAAGGAAGAGGCUGAAGUCAUCAAAAAGAAAGUUAAGCCAGCCCCUGUCAAGAAAGAGGCUAAAGUUAUCAAGGACAAAGUUAAACCAGCUUCUGUAAAGAAAGUUGAGGCUCUAAAAGAAAAGACAAAACCAGACCCUAAAAAGAAAGAGGCAAAAGCCAUCAAGGUCGAAGUUAAGCCAACUCCUGUAAAGAAAGGGCCCGAAGUCAUCAAAGAAAAAGAAAAACCAGCCGCACCUAAGAAAGAGGCUGAAAUAAUCAAGGAGAAAGUUAAACCAACUCCUGUUAAGAAAGCACCUGAAGUUUCUAAAGAAAAGGCACCUGAACCAAAACCAGAACCUACAAAGAAAGUCAAGGUUCCUGAAGAAAAAGUCAAACUGGUUCAAGAAGACAGAGAAUCAGAGAUAACCAAAGAAAAGCGCAAACCAGCUCAAAAGAAAGUGGUCAAAGAGACAGCUAAACCAGUUUCUAUGAAGAAGAAAGAGGCUAAAAUUAUCAAGGAGAAAGUUAAACCAGCUCCUGAAAAGAAAGAGGUUAAAGUUAUCAAGGAGAAAGUUAAACCAACACCUGUAACAAAAGAGUCUGCAGAUGUCAAAGAAAAGGCACCUAAACCAAAACCUAAAAGAGAGCCUCAAGUUGCCAAAGAAAAAGAAAAAUCGUCAGCUAAGAAGAAAGAGUCUAAAAUAAUCAAGGAGAAAGUUAAACCAGCUCCUGUAAAGAAAGAGCCUGAUGUUCCUAAAGAAAAGACGGCCGAACCGACACCAGAACCUGCAAAAAAAGUUGAGGUUCCAAAAGAAAAGGCAAAACCAGCCCCUAAGGAGAAAGAACCUGAGAUAACCAAAGAAAAGCCCAAGCCAGAAGCACCAAAGAAAGAGGCUGAAGCAAUCAAAGAAAAGGCUAAACCGGCUCCUAAGAUUAAAGAGGCUGAGGUCAUUAAGGAGAAAGUUAAACCAGCUUCUGUGAAGAAAGAGCCAGAAAUCAUUAAGGAGAAAGUUAAACCAGCUCCUGUGAAGAAAGAGCCAGAAGUCAUUAAGGAGAAAGUUAAACCCGCUUCUGCGAAGAAAGAGGCAGAAGCCCUUAAGGAAAAGGCUAAACCUGCCCCUAAAAGGAAAGAGGCUAAAGACAUUAAGGACGAAGUUAAAUCAGCUCCUGGAAAGAAAGAAGUUGAAGCUAUCAGGGAGAAAACUAAACCAGUCCCUGAAAAGAAAGAGACUAAAGUGAUCAAGGAGAAAGUCAAAGCAGCUCCUGUGAAGAAAGAGCCUGAAGUUACCAAAGAGAAAGAAAAAGCAGCACCUACGAAGAAAGAGGUUGUCAUCAAGAAGAAAGUUAAAGGAGCUCCUGUAAAGAAAGCAGCAGUUCUUAAAGAAAAGGCACCUGAACCAAAACCAGAACCUGUGAAGAAAGAGGCUGAAGUGAUCAAGGAGAAAGUAAAACCAAUCCCUGAGAAAAAAGAGGCAGAAGUGAUCAAGGAGAAAGUUAAACCAGUCCCCAAGAAGAAAGAGGCUGAAGUGAUUAAGGAAAAAGUUAAACCAGGCCCAGAGAAGAAAGAGGCUAAAGCCAUCAAGGAAAAAGUGAAACCAGUCCCUAAAAUUAAAGAGGCUGAAGUGAUCAAGGAGAAAGUGAAACCAGCCCCUCAGAAGAAAGAGGCUGAAGUGAUCAAGGAGAAAGUGAAACCAGCCCCUCAGAAGAAAGAGGCUAAGGUGAUCAAGGAAAAAGUAAAACCAGCCCCUGAGAAGAAAGAGGCUGAAGUGAUCAAGGAGAAAGUGAAACCAGCCCCUGAGAAAAAAGAGGCUAAGGUGAUCAAGGAAGAAGUAAAACUAGCCCCUGAAAAGAAAGAGGCUAAAGUGAUCAAGGAGAAAGUUAAACCAGCACCCAAAUUUAAAGAGGCUAAAGUGACCAAGGAGGAAAUUAAACCAGCCCCUAAAAUUAAAGAGGCUGAAGUGAUCAAGGAGAAAGUAAAAUCAGCCCCUCAGAAGAAAGAGGCUAAAGUGAUCAAGGAGAAAGUUAAACCAGCCCCUCAGAAGAAAGAGGCUAAAGUGAUCAAGGAGAAAGUUAAACCAGCCCCUGAAAUUAAAGAGGCUAAAGUGAUCAAGGAAAAAGUUAAACCAGCCCCUAAAAUUAAAGAGGCUGAAGUGAUCAAGGAGAAAGAGGCUGAAGUCAUCAAGGAGAAAGUUAAACCAGCCCCUGAGAAAAAAGAGGCUAAGGUGAUCAAGGAAAAGGUUAAACCAGUCCCUGAGAAGAAAGAGGCUGAAGUGUUCAAGAAGAAAGUAAAACCAGCCCCUGAGAAGAAAGAGGCUGAAGUGAUCAAGGAGAAAGUAAAACCAGCCCCUGAAAUUAAAGUGGCUGAAGUGAUCAAGGAAAAGGUUAAAGCAGCCCCUGAGAAAAAAGAGGCUCAAGUUAUUAAGGACAAAGUUAAAGCAGCUCCUGUAAAGAAAGAGGAUGUUGCAUCUUUGGAUUUGGAGCUCUUGAACGCCAUCAACCAGAAACUGUCUCUUCUGGAUUUACUGAGGCAAGACAUUGGUGAAAUGAAAAGUGACCUGGAGUCUACUCAAAAUCAAAUUCAUCUUUUAAGAAUGGACAACAGAACAAUCAAUGAGGCCGUCCUUGGAAAAGUAAAACCUGCAGUUUUUAAGGAAAAAGCUAAACCAGCUAAAAAAGAACAAGAAGCGCUAAGGAACCUUACAAAGACUGCACAUCUUAAGAGAGAAGCCUUGAAAAACAUCACUAAACCUGGACUUGCAAAGAAAGAAAAAGAGGUCAAGAUCAGACCUGAGCCCAAACUGAAAGAAAUUCCUCAUGUAGAGGUUGAAGCAGAGAAACCUUUACAUCAAGACAAGCCAGCUGAGAAAGAAGUUGCAGAGGACAAAGAAGUCAAAGGAGAAGAUCCUGAUGUCACCAAAGAUAUUCCAGAAAUAGAGGAGGAGGACAUUCCCUACUUCCAGUGUUUCUUCGUGGAUGAGGAUGACACUCAGUAUCCAUUCUUUCCCUUUCCACCUCCACUCUCAACAAACUUCGGAGUCUGAAGAUGACACAGCAAAGCCAGUGGAAAACCCGUGACGAAUGAAAUAUCUGCUGCUCUGAUGUGACAUAGAGGUACACAGAUGGUCCUCAAAUACAUAACACAAGGAGGCCAAGAAAUGCUGAGCUGGAAAACUUAUUUUGUUGUCUUAUUUGGGGUUCAGAUUAUUUUGUUUUUGGAGGGAGGAGGUUGCAAACACUUGCACUAGGUUAUGUGAAAAUGUGUCAUAUUGUCUUAAGGCUGUCCAUCUGAUGAACUGGCCUUUUGUUGCCGUUCUUUUGAAUAAUAAAUAUCUAUUUAAGCUUUAUACAGUACAUGUAUAUGACCAAGAAGGACUGUAAGUACCGUUUACCUGAGACAGCACAAAGAGGAGUUUAUUAAACAUCUUCCUUUGUAAAAAAAAAAAAAAGUGUGUUGCGGAGUACUGCAUUCAAGAGACUAUACAAUCUUAUAUCAUCCAUGACUUUACCUUUAUUUUAAGGUAUAUUUACCUCAUUUUGAUGGGGUGCUACAUAAAAGCAUUCCACUGUCAUUUUUGUCAGAAUGAGGAUUGAGAGUUGUUUACUGUUCAUUGAGACGGUUCAACCGGAAUAGACUUAACCAAGAACAUACAGUAGUGAUCUGGUUAAAUAACAACAGAUUCAUUUCUAUUUUUUGACUUUUACUGUUUACAGAACAGUUUAGAGAGGUGAAAAACCUUUGCUGACUUUUUAAAGGGUUUAGGACAGCAAGCCCACUACUUUUUAAUAUUUGUCUUUGUUUAUUAAAUAUUGUUUGUUAAGCAGGAUGCCAAACAAUGUUAUAAAUCCGUACACUUUACAGUGAAAGCACAAAUAGGUUUUGUCAGUGCUUUCCAUUAAAGACCACACAGAAUUUUGUACAAAAA